CUUCAAGAUGCUCGCCGCGAGCAAGACCUUCGGAAGGUGGCGGGCCUCAUACGAACCCCUGCUGGCCAGGGGCGCCCGAGGCGAGCCUGCGGUCGCGGCCUUCGCGGUGCCCAUCGAGUUCGGCGCGUCGGCCGCGGCCCCGCCCAGUCGGAAGAGAGGGGCGAGGCAGGCACCUCGAGCGGCGGCCACCUCCAGCGGCGUGGUGUGGUUACGUGGAGGGGCCACCUUGCGGACUAUGCAGCUCGUCUGGAGGCGGGAGGUUCCAGGCAGAGGCGCCUGUGCUGCCUGGCGCCUCGAAGAAGCUGGCCACGGGAAAGCAGGGGCGACAGGCAGCGCAUGCGGUUCCUCGCAGAGAUGGGCGGGCUGCCUCCAGGGCGUGCCGGCGCGGAGGGCGCGACCGCCUUCACCGUGCACCGCGUAGCGCAGAGCAGAAGCCUGCCAGGGAGG